UCUGCUUUUUUCUUCAUUCAAUUCGUUAGAAUGGUUUUAGGUGCGGGUGCUGAACAUUAUAGUCUUGCCGGUAAAAACGUUUACUAGCAGUACUUUUAAUAUUGUAACCAGAGAGGUUUCAAGUGCGGUGUGGAAUCAUGUUCUACAUUGAUUCCCAUUAAAACAGCACGCAUUUUUCUGUCACUUGUCAAGACGCAGCAUCACAGACACAGCAUCACAGACACCGCAGGACACGACUAAGCAGCGGAACGACAGAGGAAGGCGAACAUUGUGAGGACAUCUGGUCUUUUAUCGGCGUUAUUGGUUAUUUCUUAGUAUUAGAAAUGUUUCAGGACCACUGGUUUGGUAUCUGGUAGGAAUAGGUUAUUGUAGCUGAUGAAAUGACGAAGAUAUGUUAUAUAAGGCGAAUAACGGAGAUCAGACAGAAUUUAACGUUGGCCUCACAAGAAUCGCAUGUGAUACCUCGACUGUACCGCUCUCUAGUAUGGCACAUCUUUAGUUUAGGUAGCUAUCCAGAUAGCUAAUAAUACUUACUGGAUUUGUUUUUCUUGGCACACGGACGUGAUUUUACAGUUACAUCUAAUCUCUGAUAGAUUCAACUAACGUUAGUUUGGUAGCCGUUUUAAAUGCUGGUCUACCCGGUAUUGUGUACAUGUAAUUUAGCGAGCUAGUCGGCUAACAAGCUAACGUUAGCUACAUUUUGAUGUGGUAUGAGUAAAAUAAGAAUUGCCAAAUUUCUGGCCAAUGUUUACUAGGUCAUAGAAUACAGUAGCUUGUCAUUCUAAUAAUUAUAGCUAGGUAAUUAACGUUGGUUAUUAAAUAAAUCCAGCCGGUUUACCCAUGGUUUUUGUAGGUUUAUAAUCCAAUCAGACAUAAAUGAUCUUCAUGUGAAAUGAACCCACGUCCUAAUUUAGAAAAGAAAGAAUUAACAUUAGGCCACUUGAGACUAGGUUAAGCUGCUUAAAGCUUUUUUUCUAGUUUUUAGUUUAGCUAUAUAACUAGCUAGAUACAGUAGUUUGGACGCGUCGGGAUCUUGCCUGGCUACCUCCUGUACAGAGAAAACACGCCGAUCAUACCGUCUCAGUGUCAGUUUUCUAAAUCGCCGUUUUCCGUGCCGACACAAUGGACAGUCACACGGAUGAUGACAGUAUGAGAGUCGGGGAGGUGGAACCCAUGCCUGGCUAUACGGGUCUCCUAACGAGAGCGUCUACUGUGAUGCUCAGUGCCUGGAGAGACUGCAGCGCGUGCGGUCUAGAGCUCUCUAAAAGGACGCUCCUGGAUAACGCUUAUAUUACAUGGACCGAAAUCGGCCUUUUCUUCAUGUGCGCCGUUAUGUGGACGCAGAUACGACGGGGACUAACAGAAUGUCUGUUCAAGCCGUUUGCACAACAGUGUUGUCUCCAGCCCAAAGAUACUGCCAAGAUGCCAGAGAGCGCGUGGAAGCUGGUCUUCUACACCAUGUCCUGGUCCUACAGCACCUACCUGCUCUUCUUCACCAACUACACCUUCUUCCACGACCCGCCCUCCGCAUUCUACGACUGGAAGAGUGGCAUGACGGUACCCACGGACAUCGCCAUCGCCUACCUGAUCCAGGGCAGUUUCUACGGACACUCCAUCUACGCCACGGUCUACAUGGAUGACUGGAGGAAGGAUUCUACCGUCAUGGUGGUGCACCACGUUGUCACUCUGGCCCUCAUCACCUUCUCCUACGCUUUCAGAUUCCACAACAUUGGGUUACUGGUGCUGUUCCUCCACGACAUCAAUGACAUCCAGCUGGAGUUCACCAAGCUCAACGUCUACUUCAAGACCCGGGGAGGGGACUACUACCUCAUCCACGACAUCCUGUCCAACAUGGGCUCUGUCAGCUUCAGCAUCACCUGGUUUUGGUUCCGUCUCUACUGGUUCCCUCUGAAGGUUCUGUAUGCCACCUGUGUGUCCAGCCUCCAGUCCGUCCCAAACAUACCCUUCUAUUUCUUCUUCAACAGCCUCCUCUUGACACUCCUCUGCAUGAAUAUCUACUGGUUUUUGUUCAUAGUGGCGUUUGUAGCGAAGGUCCUGACGGGGCAGAUGAAGGAUGUGAAAGACCUGAGGGAGUACGAGGGUGAGGAGGGAGCUCAGAGGGCUGCAGCCCUGCUCGCGGCCCAGCAGCGGCUGCAGAGUGAAGAUGCAGGACAUCUCAACAACUCUGCUGAAGGGAAACACGUGCAGAACGGGAUCACCAAGGAGAAGCAUCUGUAGAGGCCUCUCUAGUUCCACCUUCUGGCACGACCUAGAUUGUUUCAGACUUAGCUCUUAAGUGACUCUCUGGGUCUCGCGAAAAGGAUGAAAAAACAAUUGAUCAUUUUUAUUUCUGUUUUGUCUUCCCCCCUCGUAUUCUAUAGAUUUUUUUAUUUUAUUAUAUCGCUGUGAAUGUUAUUUAAGGUGACAUUUGUCUUAUAUUAACAUUACGUUUGAAGAAAAAAAAAUGUGUGAGUUUCGGGAAUGUUCUCUCGUGUAGCCUACCAGGACGUUUAGAAUUAGUGUCAUCUCUAACGAACACUCACCAGACAAGGUUAAGCUAGUGAUGUUUAGGUAUCUAGUCUAGACCUAUACAAACUAGAUAACGUGCACACGUUAGAGGACUAAAGCGCUCACACAGUAAUAACCAUGUCAAAGGUCAUCUCUAGUAGAGAGAGACCUGUCUUUUUAAAGAGCAUUCCUCUUAAAAGCGUAGUGGCUAAUUUAGUUUUUACCUCCUCUUAUCCCAGGAGUGAAGGCUAAAAUACUAAAGGGAAGUAUUACAUCGUGUCACUACCGCGGGUGUGAGAGAGUGCAUGUAAUUGGCUGGCUUUGUUUUUACCAACGUGUAUUGAUUUUCAUAUCAUUGCACAGGUCGAUACUGAACACAGCCAUUACCACAGCCUGACCUGCAUUAUUUGAAGAGCCACGUCAGUGUAGUAUUGAUGUCUUGCAAAUGUGAAUUACUCGUGUUCAGAUUUUUAAGGGAAACAUAAACCUUUCAACUUCUUUUUUUGCCGUCGAUAAAUACGCAUAAGAAAUAUUGCUUGCAUUCCUGUAUCGAAAAUGUAUUGUCACAUUUUCUGUUUUUAUAGCAUCUGUUGUUGCACUGAAAUGAAGGCAUACAAGCUAAUAGCUGGUUAAUGACAGCUGAUAUACACUACCAGUCAAAAGUUUGGACACACUUACACAUUCCAGGUUUUUAAUGGAUUUUUUCUACAUUGUAAAAUCAUAGUGAACACAUCAAAACUAUGAAAUAACAGAUGGAAUCAUGUAGUAACCAAAUAAGUGUUAAAAAUAUUUUAUAUUUGAGAUUCUUCAAAGUA